UGUCUAGUGGUGCGUAGUUGUUGCUGCAGAAGAAUCUUCUCACCUUCCUCCUCCACAGUCCACACCCCCAUGAGUCUUCGUCUUCUUCUUCUUCUCGUCGUUGUUCUUCAGCUAUGCCUCCUUUCUGCGGUGGCCGGCGACGACGCAAUCAUCUCCAGAUUCCAGGAGUAUCUCCGAAUCAACACGGUCCAGCCCAACCCGGAUUACUACAAAGCCGUUGACUUUAUAAACUCUCAGGCAAAACCACUCUCCCUCGAAUCUCAGACGAUCGAGCUCGUCAAGGGAAAGCCCCUUCUCCUCCUCAAAUGGGUUGGCUCCGACCCAACCCUACCUGCCUUUCUCCUCAACUCCCACACCGAUGUCGUUCCCUUUGAGGACUCCAAGUGGACUCACCAUCCUCUCCAAGCUCACAUCGACCACCACGGCCACAUCUAUGCCAGGGGUUCCCAGGACAUGAAGUGCGUCGGGUUGCAGUACCUCGAGGCCAUACGCAAGCUCCAGGCUUCCGGGUUUCAGCCUCUCCGAUCCGUCUAUCUCUCCUUCGUCCCCGAUGAAGAGAUCGGCGGCCACGAUGGCGCCGUGAAGUUCGUCGAAUCCCAAUUCUUCAAGAGCUUGAACAUCGCAAUCGUGCUCGACGAAGGCCUGCCAUCGCCUACUGAGAGUUACAGAGUAUUCUACGGAGAGAGGAGUCCCUGGUGGCUGGUGAUUAAGGCUAAAGGUCCACCUGGCCACGGUGCCAAGCUCUAUGAUAACUCUGCCAUGGAGAAUCUGCUCAAAAGUAUUGAGAGUAUUCGCAGAUUCAGAGCUUCUCAGUUCGAUCUGCUCAAAGCUGGUGGGAUAGGUGAAGGCGAUGUUGUCUCUGUGAACAUGGCCUUCCUCAAGGCUGGCACACCUUCUCCAACUGGUUUCGUAAUGAAUCUGCAACCAUCUGAGGCAGAAGCUGGUUUCGACAUUCGUGUUCCACCCAACGUUGAUGCUGAAGCACUCGAAAGACGUUUGGUGGAGGAAUGGGCUCCAGCUGCACGAAACAUGUCCUUUGAGUUCAAGCAGAAGCUUACGGGGAAGCAAUUCCUUACAGCAGCAGAUGAUUCAAAUCCUUGGUGGGGGCUCUUGGAAAAUGCUGUUAAGGAAGCCGGAGGUAGGACCAGUAAGCCUGAGAUUUUCCCUGCAUCAACUGAUGCUCGCUACUUUCGCAAGGCUGGCGUGCCUGCCUUUGGGUUCUCUCCCAUAUCAAACACCCCGAGUUUGCUUCAUGACCACAAUGAGGUACAUAUAAAGUUCAUUGAUUUGAUUGACAUUGUUGGAGGAUCAUCAUUUACUAACAAACGCAUUGACGUUUUGCUGUGUUGCAGUAUCUGGGUAAAGCUGAGUACUUGAAGGGCAUUGACGUGUAUGUUUCAAUCAUCAAAGCUUAUGGAUCAUAUGAAAGCAAAAGUGGUUCACGAGAUGAGUUAUGAGCCCAUUCAAGAAGUCUUCCUUUCGAAAAUUUGUACAAUCAAUCAAUAAGAUCUGAAUCCAUCGUGUGUUGUGGUAAAUCAGAGACUUGUUAUGAGACUGUUUGCAAUUUGAUCAUUCCUGCCUGCUUUUUCUCAACUA